UUAACUUAGACUGAACUGAAACACGCUUUGGUUUUUUUUUUUUUUGAACAUUUUCUGAGGGUGCGCUUUUGGUUUAUUUACGGUAACGUGGACCUGCAGUGUCCGCAAAGGCAUCAGGUGAUCUACUGACUUCAAGCGUAGGUUGACUGGAGAAAACACAAAAUGACAGGCAAAAAUGUGAGGAAAUAAUCUACUGGGCUUUAGAUAUGGCUGUAGGACAAGCUUAGUCGUUUGAGGAUGAGCUCAUUUUCUUCAUCCGUCUCAUGCCUUUUUCAUCUUUUUAUGGAUUAUUAUUAUUAUUACUACUACUAUUAUUAUUAGGCCACUUGGUGUAACAUGGGGUUGUGUUAUAGUCUGCGUCCCCGGUUAUUCGGGGAUCUGAGUGGAACCAUUUCCAGCGCGAAUUCAGAGCCAGAGCAGCCGCCGGAUCUGCUGAUCGCGCCGCGUGUUGGGGAAUCUCAGCGCGGCGACUCCGCAGGGAACAGCAAGGCAUCUCCGUCUCCAUUACGCACCGGCCACACGCACCAGUGGGACGCCGGUAAAGUCCCCAUCGGGGAGCGCAGGCUCGCUGGAGACGCCGCGGCGGAUGGAGCGCUCAUCCAGAACGGAGGAGGAAGAGGAGGAGGAGGAGGAAAAGGAGGAAGAGGAGGCAAGGCCACGGGAACCGUGAAGGAUCGCAGCCGAAGACUACACCUCCUCCAUCCUCCAUCCAGCCAGAAAGCAAAGAACUGGGACAAACUGGUGGUGGAGGAAAAGGAGGCCGAAAAGGAGGCGCGGAAAGUCAGUAAAAACAUUGACCGCGUCUUAAAAGAACUGAAAAGAGAAUACAAACAAACACACAGACUGCUUUUAUUAGGAGCUGGAGAAUCAGGAAAAAGCACCAUUGUGAAACAGAUGAGAAUUCUUCACGUGAACGGUUUUAACGCAGAAGAAAAGAGACAGAAAAUCCAAGACAUCCGGAAAAAUGUGAAGGAUGCUAUAGUGACGAUAGUGUCUGCAAUGAGCACUUUAACACCACCUGUCCCUCUCGCCAACCCGGAGGACCAGUUUAGGAUCGAUUACAUCAAAAGCAUAGCACCGCUGUCGGAUUUUGACUACCCACAGGAGUUUUUUGACCAUGUCAAGAAACUCUGGGAUGAUGAAGGAGUGAAAGCAUGCUAUGAGAGGUCUAACGAGUACCAGCUCAUCGACUGUGCACAUUACUUCCUUGACCGAAUUGAUGCUGUAAGACAAAGUGACUACACGCCAACAGAUCAGGACUUGCUGCGCUGCAGAGUUCUGACAUCAGGGAUUUUUGAAACGCGAUUUCAAGUAGACAAAGUUAACUUUCACAUGUUUGAUGUGGGAGGUCAAAGAGAUGAGAGGAGAAAAUGGAUCCAGUGCUUUAAUGAUGUCACUGCGAUCAUCUUUGUGGUGGCGAGUAGCAGCUAUAACAUGGUCAUUAGAGAAGACAACAACACAAACAGACUACGAGAAGCACUCGACCUCUUUCGCAGUAUCUGGAACAACAGGUGGUUACGGACCAUCUCUGUUAUUUUAUUCCUCAACAAGCAGGACAUGCUGGCAGAGAAAGUAUUAGCUGGGAAAUCCAAAAUUGAAGACUAUUUCCCAGAAUACGCUCGCUACACCAUACCAAAUGAAGCAACUCCGGAACCAGGAGAAGACCCAAGAGUGACAAGAGCCAAGUAUUUCAUUCGUGAUGAAUUCCUGAGGAUCAGCACAGCAAGCGGAGACGGACGUCAUUACUGUUACCCUCAUUUUACGUGCGCUGUUGACACGGAAAAUAUCCGCCGGGUAUUUAACGACUGUCGGGACAUCAUCCAGAGAAUGCACCUGCGGCAGUAUGAACUCUUGUGAUCUGGUUCACGAAAGCCAGAGCACUUUUUUUUUUUUUUUUUUAAGAACCCACUCCUAAACAAGGCCAAAACUCAUGGACUGAUAUGUAUCACUUAUUUUUGGCAGAUCCUCAGUUUCAUGUUUAUUAUUAUUUAGUUUUUUAAACCAUUGUUAAUCUGAAGGGGUGUAACUUUUUUUUUUUUAACUUUCUGUCAUUCCGCUAAGCCUUUGGCUACCUUUUUAGUGUGUGUGUGUUUGUGUGUGUGCACAUGUGUUCACCAAAUUGACAGUUUAUCAGCUAAACCUACCAUAUAGGCCCUCCUUGUAGAUUUACACUUACUGUGUGUAGCCCCUAUGUUACUAGGCAACAUGUUCAAAGCCCACCUCUGCCCUGUCCAUCAGUGGAACGGGAGCACCUUUAGACAACAUUUGCUAAAAAGUGGCAAUUAAUGUAAUUUAACUCAGAAUGAGUGAAUUAGUCACUUGCGUAAAUAUUCCAUCCUCACAGUGAAGCACGCUAGUGGUAGCAUCAUGUGGAGCCUUACCAUUGGUCUCUUGUUUGUCCUUACACGGUCUUACACUGAGUUUUGGUGGAUGGCCUCUUCUAGGCUCUUCAUUACAUUUUUUUUAAAUGGUUUUUUAAAGUUUGGAAUAGAUCCUUUUCCAUAGCUCCUUGGUCUUCAUGAUGCUGUUUGUUUAGGUAAGAAAGUCUUUAGCUAAUAUUUUGGCUUUGAGCUAGGGCGUUCUCUUGUAUUUGAUCUAGCAUCUUUUUUUAAGCAUUUGAACGUAAGGCAAAUGCGUGUUGUGCUAGUGUUGAGUUAUAUAACAGUUUUUUUUCAUGUAGAUCUGCCCGUUUAUCUAGCAUUCAAGAAAAUUAAUAUACUUAAUAAAAAUCGCUUAUACCAACAGCCAGACCAUGUCCUUAGUGCUGCAAAAGAGUAGGCGCUCCACGCAUUGAGGUGGUUCUCUCACCUAGAACAAACUGUAAGUAAAUGUUUAAACAAAAGUUUCAAAUGAAAAGUUUGCUUUUGCGUGUUUUUUUUUCUCUGGUUGUUGGAAAGCAGAAAAUGUUAUGUGGUGUACGUUAUAUAAACAGCCUAGUGAAUCAGCUUGUUCUAUUCCUGACCAGAUUCACACGUUACUUUGCCAUUCAUCGUCUUUUGUUGCAUCUUUUCCUGUAAUGAAUGAGGAAAAAAUGGGGCAUAAUCAAUAGAAACAUACUAUAAUGUCCCUUGCAUCUUUGGUGCUUGGACCCCUAUUAUAACAAUAUUCAUAUAGAUAAUUGUGUACCUAUAUGGUAAGUGUAGCUAAUAAACUGUUGGAUAUAUGGAUAGAUAUAUAUAUAUAUAUACAUUAUAUAUACAUAUAUAUAUAUAUAUAUAUGCACACACAUACAUACAUACACACACACACAGUAUUGUAUCCACCAGUUUCUGGAGGUGGCACCACAUUUUGACCCCUGACCUCUUGGCCUCUUGGUCUCUCUGCUGCUCUUUGUCUCCACUCUACUGAAGAGGUGAACACUGGGAAAAGAAGUACAUAAGAAUAUGAGCGACGCACUUUUGCACCGGGUUUUAACUGACUGUGUGUUUUUACAGGUGGAUACACUUAAUGUAGCAUUGCAAUGUUGGAGUUAGAGCAUUAUUACAGGUUAAGUGAGUCGACUGAAGACGUUAAAGUAACCACAGCCCCUCUGGUCUUUCCAUGCAUUUGAUUUCUGAUCUUAGACCACUUUGGAUGAAGAUAUAUAUAUAUAUAUAUAUAUAUAUAUAUAUAUAUAUAUAUAUAUAUAUAUAUAUAUAUAUAUAUAUAUAAAUAAACACACACACUCUGUUUCUUGACUUGUACAGACAGUGCAAGCUGACAUUUCUCUUGCACACAUUAUAAAAAAAAGUUAUUUUGUACAACUUUAUGGAAAGAGAGGUGGAAAAAAAAUCUACUUGUAGAUCUUUGUGCCUUCAAUAUGGCUGUACCUGUAAACAAAGCUGAGAUAUAAGUAUGUUUUUUUUUUUGUUGUUUUUUUUUGACUGCACUGUACAGCUUGAUGUCACUCUGUCAGCAGGAGGGACUGCCGAUAGGGACCUAUUCUCUAAAUGUUCUUUCUUUUUUUGUUUUGUUUUGUUUUGUUUUGUUUGCUUGUUUUGUUUAUAAAAAAAAAACAAAAUGCUGAUUAGUUUUAAAAAAAAAAAAAAGAAAAAGAAAAAAAAAAUCCAAAAAAUUCUGUAUACAUUAUGCAAGUUGACCCCAUUAGCAUAACAUAAAAGAGCAACGUGCAUAAAACCUAAAAUGGAAAAAUCAGCUGAUCAAAAGAUACAACCAGGUGUUGUUUUUCAUAGGGACCUUUUUCAGUAUGAAUGCAGUAUGUUUGUGUGUGUGUGUGUGUGUGUGUGUGUGUGGUAUGUAUGCAAGAGUGCACUGUUUGCACUCGCUUAUAAAUGUGUGUACAUGUAAAUUUAUAGGUCUAUAUAAAUAUAUAUGUACAAUUCUACAUGUUUAAUUAUGUGUGUCAACGUGUAUACAUGCCUUUCUAUGUAUACAGUGAAGAAGUGUACAUACACACAUAGGUAAGCAUGUGUGGAGUGGAAAUGAAUAAAUGAGAGUGUGCAAUACAGAAAGCCAUUGUGCUUGCUUUCCAGAAACCCAAAGUAAGGACAAGGAUCCCUGAUGUGUGACUAUGGAAUAAAACAGUGUUUAUUAGGAAGUGUUUGAUGUAAUUAGAUUUCAGAAUAUUGCUUUAGCAGGUGAGUAUUUUCCUGUUUAUAGUGUUACGACAAAACCAUGUUUCUCCAUAUGUCUAGAAUAACCCUGGUACGCAUAUGAUUUUCUCCUCAUGUCCAGUUCCUCCACGUUCCUCUCUCCUCUAGACUUGGUGAGUCUAGGUGCAUAGUGCUCUUUAACAUUAGGUCAUGGGGCAAAUGCUCCCCCCCUCCCAACAGAGCAACAUGUGUCAUGCAGCACAAGGACCCAACAUUGGCAGCUUGGUGAAGCUGGGAUUUGAACUCACAACCAUCUUAUUAUUAACCCAAAGCCUUAACCGCUGAACCAGUUGAUGAGCAACAGCGAUGUUCUUGAUUUGAGAGCAUUUCUUCAGGGUCAACUUUGUUAACACAGCACUAAGCUGUGUGACGCUCACAUAUAAAGUUAUUUUUAACCUGUUAAACUUAGAUUUUUAUGAGUGUAAAACUUUUGACUGAGUGGCACAGUGUGUGAGGUGUGUAUGCGAGUGGUGUGUGUCGGAGCCUUGCCUUAGGUCUUUUGGCAGACCCUUCUUUACAAACACAAAUCUCUGAUGUAAACUAAAGGUUAACACAACAAAAAAUCCCAAGUGCUGCAUAGACUCAGGUGGUGCAGUGUGGCUUGGUGUUUGAGACUUGCCUGGGGUUGUUUGGUAGGCCUUUCUUUACAGACACAAAUCUCUGAUGUAAACUAAAAGAUAAAGCUUUACAAAAACGCCUAAGGAACAUAUAGCUUCUGGUGGUGCACAGAAUAAGCAGUAUGCAAUGUUUCAGUGUAAGCUGCACUGGUUCAAUCCCACAGACAGGUAAUCAUGUAAGAUCCUGGUGAAUUUACUAUUAUGUAGUAUAGUAGCUAGUGAUAUAGCAACGUGAGCAGUAGUAUAGAGAAGUAGACAGUGGUGUACCAAGCAGUGGCUCAGCAAAGUAGAUAGUAGUGUAGCAAGCUAUCAAGUAGUAUGGCAAACUAGACAGUUAUGUAACAAGCCAUAGUGUACUAUGGCAAAGUAGACAGUAGUAUAGUAAGCUAUAGUGUAGUAUGGCAAAGUAGACAGUAGUACAUCAACCUAUAGUAUAGCAUGGCAAAGUAGACAGUAGUAUAUCAAGCCAUAUAUAGUGCAAUAUGUCAAAGUAGACAGUAGUAUAGCGAGCUACAGUGUAGUAUGGCAGCAAGUAGUAUAUAGCAAGCCAUAUAUAGUGUAAUAUGGCAAAGUAGUCAGUAAUGUGUACAAACACGUGUAAAUAUAUGCAGUAUGUAAAAUUAUUAGGAGUACAUGGUCCACUGCAGCAUAACCCCUCCUUUCACCUCUUCAGAUGCCCCAGGUGGGAUGGACUGGCUUUUCUCUCUCUUUCUCUGCCAGGUUUACAGCUCCACCAUGGUUCCAGCACUUUCAACUUACCUGAAAUAGGUCUUGAACCUGCAUGCUUCCCACAGGGACAGGACAGAUGCACCCACUUAAACUUCUGAGCCACCGGUGCCUUCGAACAAUGGCUGUUCUGUAAGGACUUUUACUUUACACCACUUAUAUAACAAGUCUGACAUACAUAAAUAAAUAAAAAUGUAAUCCACCUAAGGCUGGUCUUGAACCACAGUCCUCAUGAUAUUUGUAAAGACACACACUGACUGCUGACAAGCAUCUAAUUGUAUGAAGGAUUUAUCCUUCACUAUCUUCCUACAGACAUGGCACAUAAACUUCACAUGUGAAUAGGGUUUUCGAGAGGUUGUUGGUUAAGUAUUAAUGGUGCACCUGGUAGUGGUGCUGUCUCAUAAGAUCCCAGGUUUGAGUCUCAGGUUACUGGCUGUGUAUUUCAUGUUCUCUCAGUAUUCACGUGUUUCUGUGCAUAAAAAAAUGUGUAAAUGAUAAUGUGUCUGUAUAUGAUGAGUGUAAAUAUGACUGAUGUUGGUGUGUGUGUAAAUAUGAUUAAUGAUGUGGUGUCUGCCUGUGAUGUGUGAAAACAUAACUGAUGAUGUGGUAUUGGUAUAUGAUGUGUGUGUGCGUGUGUGUGUGUGUGUGUGUGUAGAAGCAAUAAUUACAGGGGUAUGGUACCCUGUACAAAACCAGUUGAAAUCACAGCUCUACCUCUGAUGGUUACAAUACUCUGCCACUGUAGCCUCCUUCCAUAAAUGUUAAAUUAACUUCUCAAGAAGAUUUAACACUGACACAUUUUAAAAAUCUGUUUUAACUGGGCAUGUCAGACAGACAAGUCCUAAGUGAAUGACCUGCUACUAUAUAAACCUGUAAUUUAUAUGACAUGACUGUCAAGGCUGCUAAAGAAAAUGAACAUCAUCUUCUGAAUCAGAAUUGAGAAUUUAACAGCACUGUGAUAUACAAAGGGUGAGUUAAAUGAACAUGUAACAUGUGGACAUGCAUUUUCCUUAUAGAGGCCAAAAUGGUUCACACACCAGUUAAUCUUGAGACUUCAACCUGACAUAUUACAACACCUUUAUACAACCUUGAUGCUUUGAUUGCACUGAUACAUUCUCAUGUUUAGUGGUCUCGCAGAUGUGCAGCAUCUCCUCUGAUGUCAGGUAGACAUGAGCCAAAACAGCUGAGAGAUUACAACGGAGGAACUGAGAGGUUUUGCUCUUUUACAUAGUCCUCAGUAACUGUGACUUAUGGAGCCCUGCCUGUCACGUCCCUACUUAAUAAAAAUAAUCAGUGGUAACAAGACACUAAUGCGUG